AUGGCACAGUUGCUGUCAAAUUCGAAUUCUUAUGUUGGAAAACCAUAUUUCAAAGCACCAGAGAUAGACUCAGUUUCAGAUUUCAGCUAUAACAGUUAAGUUGACAUUUGGUCCCUUGGAGUAAUACUUUACUACCUGUGCACUAAGAAAUAUCUAUACUUAGACAAGACAUUAGCCAAGAUAAAGUAGUAAGAUUAGGCUCAGGUUAUUAUUCUUGAAGGUGAAUAGAAGUUAUUCGAGCAGCUCCUUAACAAAAUGCUUCAGCUUAAUCCAGCUCUAAGAAUAGAUGCAAAUUAGGUUCUUUUUGAACUUUGCAUUAUUAGUAACGAACCUCUGGACAAGCAUUUAUAAAUAGAGGAAGAAAAGCAAUCUCAUCACAAGACUACUAGUAAUGAUGAUGGUAGAAAUGCUUUUGCUUUGACGAUUAGGUCAACCAAUGCUCUUGUCAAUUAAAUUAUUUCAAAGCUAGGGGAUUUUAACUAUGGUGCCAUAGAUAAGAUUCACCCUAAUCCAAACUGA